UACGUCAUUUUGUGCCACCCAGUUUUAUCACUGGGAAAAAUGGCGACCAAUGUUUUACGGUUCUCCCUGCGACUCAACAUCAGAAAUGCUGAGUUACUGGGCCGUAACAACGCUUCGAAAACAUCAUAUCUAAACAGGACGACGCAAACUCGAAGUGCGGUUUCGUCGUCGUCGGGGGCAAUUCUACCGAAACCAGAUAAAACGCCCUUCGGUCUCAUCCGCAUGACUGCAGUGGUGGUGCCGUUCCUCUAUGUGGGAACUCUGAUCAGCAAGAACUUUGCCGCCCUCUUGGAGGAGCACGACAUAUUCGUCCCCGAGGAUGACGACGACGAUGACUGAACUGACUUAUGCGAAACCUUGCUGCAUUGUUGAGUGGAAAAAUAUCAUACAGCAGAAGGAAAAUGAGGAAGAUGAGGCACUUGUCCUUACAGAUACACCCAUCUACCUCUGCCCAUCUCCUUCCUUUGUCCUCUACUAUUUAUCUGUGUGUCAGCCAAACAUAUUUCAAGAAUUCUCAUAUCAUGUGAGGCUUGUAUCAUUAAAAGCGUUCACUCUU